UUGACUUUGCUUCAUUAAAUAUAAUCCUUGCUGUUCCAUUCUUCACGGUAUUGUACAGAACUUUUGUUCUGCUCUAGUUCAUCAUUUUUUUGUGGGAAUUGAAUUAUAUGCAAGCAAGAGAAACCAGAAUAGGAUGAAUAAGGAACUCUUCCUUGCUUUGGAAACUGGUGAUCUCGCUUAUAUCCAAAGGUUACAUAGGCAUAACUCAAAUGUUCUGCUUGAUGUUACUUUCCAAGGAGACACCCCUCUGCAUAUUGCUGCAAGGGAAGGUCAUCUGCCUAUUGUUCAGUGGAUGCUUCACGUAAAACCCUCUUUGGCUGGAGUGAAAAACAAGGAUGACAAUACACCACUCCACGAAGCUGCUAAAUGCGUUAAUCCAGAGCUAGUCAGAAAUCUUCUUCACUACAAAAGAAUUUCUGCCUACCAUUACAAUAAGUUUGGAGAUACAGCUCUAAUAAUAGCUUCCAAGUAUGGCCACAUUGAAACAGUUGAGCUUUUAUGUGAAGCCAAGGAAUAUGACGAUACGAGCGAAACGGAGAGAUCUCUUGGAACGGCAGCUUAUAGGGAAUAUCCAGAUAUAGUGAGGGUGAUAAUUGGCAAACCCAUGAAACCCCGUCUAGUUCCACUCCGUUAUAUUCUAGUUAUUUUACUUGAAUGGGAUACAUAUACAGAUGUAGCGAAGGUCAUUCUUGAUAAUUCCAUCAUGCGCAGUUUACACCGUCUUUUCUUCAAUCAUAUUGAAAUUACAAGGGCAACCUCAUAUCUGCAUGUAGCCGUGCUUGGAGGAAAUCUUGAGAUUGUAGAGAUAAUGCUCAAUUCUCCGGCAUGGAAUAAUGACUUAAUGACGAGGGAGGAUGAGUGUGGAUGGUGCGCAAUUCAUGUAGCGGCGAUGAAGGGCUCUUGGGACAUAAUCGAUGUCUUUAUGUCAAGAUGGCCAGACUGUAUCGAAAUCCGGAGUUCGGAUCAUAAGUCUGUACUGCACUUUGCCGUGGAAUACAAUCAAUUCGAGAUUGUGCGCAAUCUAAUAUUAAAUAAAUCGCCUAAAAACUGCGCCCAGUUGGUGAGCCGCGACCGUGAUCGCUUUCAGAACACAACAUUACAUCUGGCAGCAAAAAAUGGAGUGGAUCCCCAGCUGGUAGAAUACCUUGUCUCAUUUGCCGGUGUGUACUUGAAAGCCUUGAACAACGAAGACAUGAGUGCACUUCACAUAGCAUCUACAGCAGCUAAAGACAACCCCAAUUGUGCCAUCAUCCAGCAGAUACUGGAAAGUGCAGGAGCUACUCGAUUGAUUUUCAAGCCAAAAUCUAAUACAAUUUCUGAUCCAAGCAAUGAGUCAAAGCAAGGGGGAGACAAAGAUAUUGUGAAUACACACAUGGUUGUGGCAUCGCUGAUUGCCACAGUCACAUUUGCGGCCAUGUUUCAAAUCCCGGGGGGAAUUGAGGAUGACAGAGGGAGUAUACACUAUGGAGCUGCCAAGAUGGCAUUUCGUAAACUUUUCAGAUUUCUCAUAUUCUCUGACACCGCGGCCUUCACCACUUCCUUUACAGUGGUUGUGGUGUGGUUAGUUCGACAACUAAUGGGAGAGUGUUGUUUCGGAAAAACUUCGGUGAUGUCCCAUAUAUCUAUAGUGACAUUGACAGUCUCAAUCUUGUGGACAACAGCAGCAUUCGUGAGUGCCACCAUUAUCGUUAUAAUGCCCAGUAAUUAUGAUAAUUUGAGAGGUGCACAUAUGGAAGCUUUCUCAGCGUAUAAAUCGCUCUGGAGAAGAGAGAUCAUUCUUGCAAUCAUCCCACCUAUUUAUGUUUGCACGCCGCUUUUGAAAUUCGUUUAUGUAUUUUUUAUGGGGCCGAGUAAAUAUCGGCCUGGUGAAAUCUUUAUGUAUCUUGACUUGAGUGUAGUCACGGCCAUGAUUAUUUACUUUACUCUUCACAUUAUAUCUUAG